UCAGAACGUCCUGAUUUCAGCACUCACAAUGGACAGCAGAUCCGCUCUGAUCAUUUGUAUACUGCUCUCUGCCACUGUUAUACAAGUGUUUUCUGUACAACGCAGUGAUCGAUGUCUGUGCAAAGAACUUGCCAAUAAAAUAAAAAAUGCAUCCAUAGAAAAACUUGUAAGAAUGCCCAAGAGCCACACUUGUGGAAAAGUGGAGAUCAUAGCAACAAUAAAAGGAUCACAAAAAAUAAAAUGCUUGGACCCAAAAGCCAGGGCGAUCAAAAAGCUCCUAAAAAUGUAUGAACAGAGGAGAAAACAGAUGGAAAAGAAAGCUUAGUUUAAGUUUGAAGACAACUAUGUGACCUAACAUCAAGAGCAACAUCAUUAUCCUAAGUCAACCUAUGGACAUCAUGGGAUCUGCUGAUAGCUUCUGAUGAAGCAAAGCAAACACAAAUGUGCAUUUUAUUGUCAUGAUUUUGCUGAAACUCAGGUGUCAUUAUUCUUAUGUUCUGUGCAUUGUGCAUGGUGUAAAUUGUGUUUUAAUUCUUGUACAGCAGUUCGUUUUGUAAAAGUGUUUAAAAUGAUAUUUGUAAAUUUUUGAUGUCACUGUUUGUGAAAAGCUAACAGAAAAAGUUAACAUACUGCUAAAAGAUUCUGUAUUUUUGCAAUAAAAUUAUUUAUAUUUUCAA